CAUUCGCGACCGGCUGACUGGCGCGCUCGCGCUGGCUCACUACGCGAUGGACAAGCGGAUGUGUUGGCUGGCACUUUGCUGGCUGCUUGGUGGCUGCCUCGACAAGCCGAACAACGACACUGCGACCGUCAGUGGCUACCCCCGGCCCAAGCCCGGCACCUAUAUGACCCAAUGGGACAAAGUCGACCUCAACGAAGUGUUCAAGAGCAAACGACUCAUGAGGCACUACUUCAAUUGUCUCGUCGACAAGGGACCUUGCCCACCGGACGCUCGCGAGCUCAAACGAGCCCUUCCCGAAGCGCUGGAAAACGGUUGCGCCAAGUGCUCGAAAAGCCAGCUCGACGCUGCUAUCAAAAUUAUUCACCAUCUCAGAGAAUUCGAACCAGUGAAAUUUGAGAUUCUUGCCAAUAAGUUUGACCCAAAAGGGAUUUACCGAAAAAGAUAUUUAGACUCUACUCCAAAUGAAACGAAUAACAGUAUAAUCGAUGAAAAUUCGAUUGAUGAAAAUAACCAGAAACUUAUGCGGCUUCUCAAGAGACACCGUCGCCGCGCUUAAUGUGCCACGAAGAAUAAUUCUUAAAUUCAAUAAGAUUAAGUUAUUGUAAUAGACCUGGUAAUUUUUACGUUAUACUUGUAAUUAUAUAUUCAUGUUAUAUUUAUUAUUUAUGAUAUAAUUUUUUGAAUACUAAAGAGAUAUUGUGAUAUGAAAUUUUACAAUAUAAAAUACUCAUAAGUUUAUGUUAUUUAUUGCUACGAACAU